AUGACUAGGCACAUCGGCCCCGUCGAUCGUGCUGAGACCCACAUUCUAUCUUCCCCAGGUCACCUAAACCGCGGACUUGAAGGUGACGGAAUUUUGAGUGCUCUGGUGACUGGGACAUUCCAUCGAAAUUCCAUCCACGCAAAUACGACUGGACAUAACGGGCAGAUAAACUCUAUUGUCUACCGAUUUCUGGCACAAUUCAAUCAACCAGUUUCGAAUUCUAAUCUCGGCGAAGCCCGUUGUGCAUAUUUCUUGACAAGUACUAGCGGUCAGCAUAAUUUGCGGACUUCAGAGUUUCGAAUGCUCGCACUUCUUGCAUUACUGAUUUUUGCUCCCAAAACCCAAUCGAUUCCUGCCAGUACCAUUCGUCUGCGUGACAACACAUCCAAAGGCAUAUUGAUCCCUGGGCGAAUACUCCCUGGUCUUAUGGGUAAUCAGCUGACGUACUCGUUACUACAAUCAAAGGCGAGCAACUACUUCACGGUUGACAAUCGUACUGGUCAGCUGAGCAGUGUUCGUCUAAUCGACCGUGACUUGCUUUGUGCUGAAGCGGAAUUGUGUUGUGUCAACACACGUUCAACUUUGACGUACUCAACCGCAACUGACUUCAGUCAUCCGGGACUUUCCUCCGACCACGCAUCACAGCACACAUGCACAUUUAAUCUGAGUGUUUCGGUUGUAUCUUCACCUGGACAGAAACCUGAUAUUCACGAUGUUACCGUUAUUAUCAUUGAGGAAAAUGACCAUAUUCCGGUUUUCAAGCUGCCCGGCACAACUCGAAAUCCUGGUGGAUACAUGGAUCCUUUGGGUCAUAUGAUUAACAUCUCGGAGUCUUCACCUGUCGGUCACCGAGUGCGAUUACCACUCGCCGAAGAUAUUGACGCACCUCCGUUUCAAGUACAAACUUACGAAUUGCAUCAAUCGGAUUCUCCAACUGAUCCUAUGUCACAUCGUAUCGAAGGAAAUCCUUUUAAGUUGAAUAUCAUCCGAGAUCUUGGAGAAACGUCCGACCCUUAUAAUUCAGAAAAGUUGACUUCGUCGCCUAUUGUAGGACUGGAACUUGAACUGACUCAGCCACUGGAUCGUGAGAAUGUUGCUCAGUACAAUUAUCGGAUUCUUGCAAUCGAUGGUGGGAAUCCUCCCCGCACUGGAACUCUUCUGUUACAAGUCCGCAUUUUGGAUACAAACGAUCACGCUCCCAAGUUCGCUCACAAUGUCUAUGAGGUUACCGUGAACGAGGGAGUGGUUGGAAAGGAAAUUGUCCAACUUCGCGCCACAGAUGCCGAUGAAGGUCCGAAUGGUGUUAUUCGAUACGAUUGGCUUGAUGCGGCAAACUGGGAAACAGCCAUUGCUACCAAGAAUCAAACCACCGAACACUUGGGUAACAAUGCCAUUGUGAAUUCGCUCUCCGGGCAACUGGACCCAUCUGUAACUCAUCCGAGUUACUGGUUUCGCUUGAACGUUGACACUGGAAGUAUCUAUCUAUAUCGACCACUGGACUAUGAGCAACGGAGCCAACAUCGAUUUCAAAUAAUUGCCUACAAUCCCAUCGCGCGUCAUGCUAACCUGGGUGACGUGGGGUUCCGAACGAUGACGGCCACAGCCACUGUUAUUGUGCACGUAAGUAAUUUAGACGACGAGGCUCCGCGUAUUGUGAUCGAUUAUGCCACCGGAGGCCGGAAUGACUACAAGGAAAUCCGGGAGAACAAACCCGCUCCGUAUUUUGUAGCAUUCAUCACUGUGGAUGAUCCUGAUCUGACUGACGCUUCCCUAUCAGCUUCGUACGUCGAUGGGACGACAAUGCAUUCUAUCGAUUCGUCUGCUGUCACAUGUCAGCUCGAUCCUCCACAAGAAUUCUAUCGACUUGAACGAGAUAAACGGAACACGAAAGCGUCAACAGUGCGUUAUAGUCUGUCAACUCAGGCUCCCCUGGAUCGCGAGAGGAGUGCCGAAGACCACAUACGCAUUGUAUGUCAAGAUUCUGGCUCACCGGUGAAAACGGCCACUGCGGUAGCUACGGUGAAAAUAUUGGAUGAGAACGACUGCACACCUGUUCUCCAAGUAUUUUCCACUUUUCCAACUCACGGAAGUUCCGCCACGCCCGUUGAGUCAUGGUCCAUGCAAAGGUUGCGCAAUCUGGUCACGGAGCUUCCGGAGUUGUCUCAACUGGUGGCUGCAUACAUGAGUUCAGUGCCUGUACACACGGUUCGAGUAUCAGAAAAUCAACCAACUGGAACCAUUUUUGCCCGUAUAAGACCGGUCGACAACGAUGCUGGAGAGAAUGCACGAGUGACGUUCGACUUACCCAAAAUGAACGAACUGGUCAGUGUUUCAAAUGAAUAUAGCCAAUCAAAUGGUCAACUUUCAGGCUAUCAGUCCGAACAACACGGCAAAAUCGAAUUUUCCGUCAAUCGUGAAGCUUUAGAUUACUUCCAGAUCGAUGAGAUAAGGGGUGACUUGUCAACACGUAAACGGAUUGAUCGAGAGGAAGGAUUUUCAAUUUUCGAACAAAUAUUUUUACUUGUCAAAGGCACUGAUCAUGGAACACCUGAACAGCGUUCAGCACUUAUCCUAUUAGACAUUCGAAUUGUAGACGACAAUGACAACCCGCCCACUUUUCUCGAACCAAAGAUGCGUUUCGAUAUCCAAGAACGUAUCCCUGCCCCAGCAAUCGUGGGCGAGAUUCGUGUGGUCGAUCCAGAUAUUGAACCACUCUUCGCCGCUGUGGAUGAAGCUGUUCAAGGUCAACAUUUGAACAAUCUAAACAGACUGGCCUUCUGGAAUGAUGCUCAGGAUGCCUCACGUAGUCGUCUACAACUUCGGAUCGAUCCAGGUCAUGGUAGACGUGACUUGCCAUUUAUAUUGUACCGUAAUUCUCAAGGACGCUUCUAUUUGAACACAACGCGCGAACUGGAUCGUGAGGCAGACGAGGCCUUCCAGUUUACCAUAAUCGCAACUGAUGCAGAUGCCUCACCUAUUCUUGGUGUGUCAGGCAAUAAAGGUGGACACACAGCCACUGCGUCGGUUUCAGUGAAUGUGCUAGACACGAAUGAUAAUUUUCCAGAAAUCAUAUUUCCAAAUCCAAGCACAUCCAAUUCCACCGUACACCGUGUUUCCUACCGGGAAUAUGUUGGUUACGAGAUUAUCAGUAUUAAUGCUAAUGAUCGUGAUGCUGGUGAACAGAAUGGGAAGUUUCAUUUUGAACUGGUUCCUGAUUCUAAAAGUGUUGAGUUGUUUACGAUCAACCGGAAUACUGGACUGCUUCAAACACGCCGAGUUUUGACGAAGGAGGAUUUGGGUGAACACGUUCUUCAAGUUAUUGUCAGAGAUGAGGGCAGUCCUCCAUUGGAGACACGUCUCACUCUUCGGUUGGUAGUUGACCAAUCAGAACCGCAUCGUCCGGGGGACGCUCGACACUUAUCCAAUUCAAAUUUGAAUGCUCAUUACUAUGAACAGCGCAAUCAGUGGGGCGCGCGGACAUAUCGUGAUGGCGCCAUUUCCAUGGAGCCGACCACGCGCCCUUUCCACACAGAAAUUUUACUGUCCGUAAUUGUGGCCAUGAUUCUCAUCCUAUUACUCAUCACAUUUGGAUUGUGUUUGUAUCUCCGGCGGAAGCACAAUUCGUUGUCCGUAGUGCUAGGAAUCUGCGGCAACAUUUGUGCUUCCCCGAGUCCGACCGAUCCAGCAGCAGUAAAUCGCUCUAUGGAACAAAAAUCCAUCUAUAUGAAAAACGAAUUAGAUUUAAAGAAAUGCUGCGUUCCUGGUCAGCAUCAUCAGCCGAACGGGGAUCAGGCUCGUCAGCGUUCGCACUGCCAUCCAGAUUCGUACAAAGAACUGACAGAAAAAUUGUUGCCUGGACAAGAAUUCCAUAAAUCAGACCUAUUUGGACCGACCUUUCCUCGCAGUCCUGCCCAGCAUCAACAACACGGUAAAAUGCCUCGACAGCAGCACCCGAUUUCCCCUCAAUCAGCAGGAGAUCACUUUCAUAGUUCCAUGAAUUUGGCAAACCCUUAUUGUGGGUUCACGAUGAAAGAUGCACCUGGAGGCGAUGUUAGACCCGUUCUACCUCUGUCGCCUACACUAAUCGGAUCCGAAGGCCUAUUUCAACCGAUCGCUUCCCAUUACCCUCCCGGUACAGCUAUGGCUGUGAAUAUUCCGGAUGUGGCUGGGCAGGCAGAAUCUCAACGUGCUCAGUACAUUGGCUAUUGUCAAACAGGUCAACCGACAAUGGCCUUCAGUCCUCCAGUGAACCAAAAUAUCAAUGCAGUACUCUUUACGCCAGCCAACGGACGAACAAAUGCGUACAAUGUUGGUGGCAUGUACGAAGCACGGCAUAUUGUACCAGACUACGUUAACAAUCAACCAGAAAUGACCGAUCUACACGGAACUUUCCCCAAUAUGCCUGCAUCCGAUUUUCGCUCCAUACAAGAUGAUUCACACGUGUAUCAGUAUAUUUACUCGGAAAAGGCUUGUAGAAGUGGACAUCAGACAGGCGCAAUGCGUCCGGUCUGCGGAACUGCAAGUGGGAUGAAGCCCUCAGCAACGUUUGAUCAAAGAAAAAGCAGGAAGCAACAACUUUACCAACCAGAACACGAGGAGGCUGUCGUCUGUUCAUCGCCUUUAAACGCCUGGCGCUCUGACCCCUCUCUUAAUCAGGGUCUGGAUGGUCGAGGUUUUGUUGGACAUGAUCUGGCGGAUUCGAUUACAAUCAAGUACACCGGCCGUUCCGGUCAGGGACUUCGAAAAACAUAUAAGUAUUCCACGUUUAAUCGGUCCGACAAGAUCUCACCGUCAUCAUCGCCCCUGUCGAGGGUGGAAAAUUGCGCCCCGAUGACAAAACAGGAGUUAAUUCGACUGGUUGGGCAGAGCCCUACUAGUCAGCGCAUUGGUGAAAAUUAUGCCGUGUCAUUUCCUAAAGUACAGGCUAGCUUUGUUUAG